GAUCUCUUGAUUAUAGACGUGCCCGAUUAUCUUGUAAAUAAUAACGUUAAUUUAAAGAUAUGCAGCAAUCUGUAAAAUUAGAUGUUUUCAUUUUUCACCUGUUAGGAAAAUGAAAUAUUUCCUGUGAUUCAGUGGAAACAGCAUGGCGCGGGUAGCUUGUCACAGAGAAAAGAUGUCAGUAGAAUGGUUUCAUUUUGUAUUAUUAUUUCACAGCAUUCAGAAUUAUUUCCCACAUACGACAGCAGUAGAAAGUCACAAUCAAGCUUUUAUACAGACAGACAACCACCUUACAUACAUAGGUGGAACAAGAGACCUGACUGGCAUUCCUUUAGAUGUAAAACCAGGUCAUUUACAUGAACAUGAUAGUCCAGAGGAUAUCUUAUUUAAAAGUUCAUCUAUAAGACUAGAUCCAUCAUGGCUGGAUUUUCAAGAACAGUCAGUAGGAAUGCCAAAGAUGGAACAGGUCGUUAUACAAAAUACAGACCCAAAAAAUUCAUUGCACCUUUUGUCAAUAUCUGGCAGUACGGUGCAUUUCCAUUGUUCAUUUUUUCAAGAUAAAACAGUACCUCCAGGAGGCAAUACCACAUUUGAUGUUGUAUUUUUAGCCAGACAGGAAGGAAAUGCAGAAAAUACAUUAUACAUACACACCUCACAGGGGCCAUUUACAUACCACGUAUUUGGCGUCGGCAUUCCCAACCCGUACAGGUUACGACCUUAUUUAGGAGCAAAAGUUCCACUCAACAGUAGUUUUUCACCUGUGAUACAAAUGCAUAAUCCUCAUUCGUCAAUAUUACAGGUUUUAGAAAUGUUUUCCAGUGAAGGUGACUUACACCUGGAGUUACCUACAGGGGAGUUAGAGGCACCAAAGAAUUUAUGGGAGAUCCCUCCAUAUGAAACCAAAGCUGUAAUGAAAGCAAAUUUCAUAGGGAGGGUUGAGAACAACCACACAGCCUUCAUCAGAAUAAAAACAAACCAGGAACACAAGAGUCGUCUCCUCAUACUUCCUGUGGAGGUGGAGGUGUCUUCAGUUCCUGGAAUCUAUUCUCCUUUAGAAUUGAUAGACUUUGGUAUUCUCCGAACACUGGACGAGCCAACAACUGUACAGCUCAGCCUACUCAACACAGGCACAAAACCUUUACAUGUGACGGGAAUCACAGUAUCUCCACCAAACAAUGCUAUAACAAUAGAAUUUAGGCCCAUCCGACUACAGCCGGAUAUAGUCCGGCACACCCCAGUGGCUCAGAUAACAUUUAAAGCUGGGAGAGCUUUACAUCCAAAACAGUGGUCAGGGAAAAUUAUAGUGAAAACUAAAAACUCUCAGGUGAAAACCAUGAUACCGUACCAAGCUACUGUGCUUCAUGGGUCAUUAGUAUACAACUACAAUAGCUCACAGUUCUUCAGUCCCAAGAAUCUGAUGAACAUCACACGGGUCAUGAUGUUUACAAAUACAUUCAACUUCUCCGUAGUUAUUUAUAACAUCACACUUCCGCCGGACAUAGCACACUUCUUUUCUAUUCUCAACUUUACUGAGCCUGUGAUAUUGCAGCCUCAACAUUCACUUGUACCAUUCCUGCUGCAGUUUCAUCCCAACGAAACACAGCUCCACUUCAACUCCCAUUUAACACUGCAUACUAAUGCCUCCACAUUCACCGUGCCCAUAGUGGUCUAUAACGGCCAGCUAAAGGUGAUACCCCAUCGACCAGAGAGAUUCAAAGGUCAGCUAGAUUUUGGCACGAUGGGGAUACAGGAGACACGGAGUAUGGUGUUUACCCUCAGGAAUGAUAACCCUGUAGAUGUUCACAUAGGGGAGAUAACUCCCGACCUGAAUGGUACAGUGGUGCAGUUUUUAGGGAUGGAGAAGGGGAAUGGUACAACUCUAACCCGAAUCCAUAACACAACAGAUGUAGAUUACAACUUUCUUAAAAUAAAACCAUACCAUUUUGCAGUAUUCAGCUUAAAUUUAACAGCCCCUGAUUACGAAGGCGACUUCUCAACAGAUAUGCUUAUAACAACACAAUUCCAGGAUAUAUGGAUUCCUAUAUCUGUACGAACAGCAGCGGGGAGUCUUCAUUUUAUACCAGAAUCUCUCGUAUUCGACAAAGCAUAUCCGGGGAAUAUUCCAUACAGAGUAAUGCAGAUAUACAGUACGUUCCGCGAGUACAUGACAGUGACUGGCGUGUCAUUCCAACCAUCGGAUUCUAGGUUCUUUUACAAAUCUACCAACACAGACAGGAUCGUGUUAGAACCCUUACAUAAUACUGUAGUUGGAAGAGUUUAUUUUGAUGCUAAAAAGGAAUGUGGUGAUGACUGCUAUGUUGGGUUACCACUUAACACUCCUCCUGGACAUCAGUGGCUCCUCGGACUUACACUAGAGAAAGAAGUAGCCGAUACGGAUCAAUAUUUUUUCACAAGGUUGCAACAAAAAUGGCAUAAGAUACAACAAGCAGGACUUCAUACGGCCAACGUUACUAUAGAGUUGGAUACAAGUGAAGUAAGAGGCUUUCUUUACUCUGCUCAAGCUCACAUGGAGUGGCCGUCGCUGGUCAAGAUGUGCAAGAUACGAUUCCCUCUGACACAGAUUGGUAAUUCUUCUACGGCAGAUUUCAUCGUAGAGAAUCCAGGAACAUCUCCAGUGCUCAUACAGAUGAUACCGCUGGCUUUGUAUCCAAAUGCUCAAACUUUGUUGGAUAUGCUGAAUUGGAGAAUAUCAUCAGAAAUAACAGACUAUAUAGAAACGGAAGAUGUAGAUAUUUUUACUCUUCCUGAUCUUGAGAGAUACCAUACGAAUCCAAAGAAUGUGGUACCAAAAUUCCGGAAAAAUGUGGAGGAAAAAUUUGGGGUUAAACCUCACCCAGAGAGUAUCACAGCUGUUUUAGGCCCGGAUGUAAAAAUUAAAGUCCGAGUCGGAUUCCACCCGAAGGAUGAUAUUUCCAGGACAUCUUUAAUACUCAUCAGGAACAACCUGACAAUCUUAGAUGCUUUAGUUAUUCAGGGGCAGGGCGGCCGAGGGGAGAUGAAGCUCAGCAAUAAAAAACCAGGCUCCGGCAUUCCUCUUCAGUUCGACAUGACAGAAAAACACCUCAAAAAUUGUGAUAAAAAGAAGCACACAAAAAGCAUGACACCCAAUUUUACUGUCAGAAGAUCAUUUACACUGAAAAAUACAGGGGAGCUUCCGUUUUAUGUUCACGGAUACAAUAUAAAUGGAGCGUCUUGUGAGGGGUAUGGCUUUAGAGUCCUCGAUUGUGAUGGCUUCCAAAUGCUCCCAAAUACCAGUCGCAAAAUUGAUAUAGCGUUCACGCCCGACUUUACAAUGUCGCGGAUACGUCGGACGCUGACAGUAUACACAAGCCUGGGUGCUCCAGCUAACUACACACUGCAGGCUACAGUCCCACCGCAUACUUUAUCCAAAUGCUCCGCCGCCCUGCCUCGGCCUAACUGGGAGCCCGUGCUGUAUUACUCGAUAGUAUGCGCCAUGGGCUUCCUGCUUUGCUGUAUUUUAGUUGCUGCUUACUUCGAAGCAGAUAGAAUAUUUGUGUCGGAUAUCAUCCGACGAAAGAUAAAAAUCAGCAGUUCCACGCAAACUUUUGAUAAGGGUAAGGUGUUUGAUCUCAAGCAAGUAGCGGGUAUCAAUAACUGUGCUCCUGUUAAACUUUCUCAGCUGUCCGAGGGACGCAGCCCACCUAGUACAAAGCCCCUGAUGGAAUUAUCCAAUGGGCAUGUAGAGCACAACUCAAAAACACAACCCUUCUAUUCUACACUUCUCAGUAUUGCUAAGAACUUUUUCUCUCCGAAAUCUUCCCGGACACCGGCUCGACCGAAAGUGGAGUCACGGGAGUCAUUUGAAUCGACACAGCCGGUAGGUAAUAGCUAUAAAACAAGCCAGGAGAAGGAGAAACCUUCUACAAAACAGGAAUCCGUUGUAUCCGAGAAAUCCAUACCAACACAGAAGACAAAAAAAUCGAAGGCAGCUAGACGUCAACACGAUCUCCACCUCAACACAGAGAAUCAUUGCCUCCCCACACGUGGGGGAAGCAAAGAGGCAUCAACCCCAGACAACAAAAAACUACCAACAGAGUCUGUCCGUCUGUCCUUACUGGAUAAGAUGGACAAACAAGACCGAUAUGGAAAGUUGCGGUCAAGCUCAAUGACCGAUACUCUAGACGAUAUCACUUUACCGGACGAUUUGGUUAGCAAUACUCAGGCGACCAUAGAUGGUAAGAACAAAGGCAAGAAAAGAAUGAAGCGUUCAGAACGAGAUGCCAUCCCGGUCAAUAGGUAUCUGAGGAACAUCUCUGAUGACAAAGAUGAGACAUCAUCUACUACGACAGAAUCGUCUGUGGGCGAUGGCGAUGAGAAGAGCUCGAGUGCAAGAGAUUCCACUCCUGAGCCCCCACCAUCCAAACCACGUAAGACAAAAUCUAAAGCCCGAACAGUGAAAAUGGUUGGUCAUUAUGAUGAUACAUAUGAUGACGAUGAAUUCGAAUUGACCUCCAAAUCCAAGGCCCAUAAGAGGAUCAAGGUCAGCUCCAAGGAUGCUUACGGCGGCAACAUCCUCAUGCCAGAUACAUACGAUCUACCGUAUAACUUGGAAAAUAAGGCCGAUAAACAAAAAAAUGGCAGCAACUCCUCCGAUAACAGCAAGAAAUCAGGAAAAUCCAAGACCCAAGCGAAAGGGCUGCUCCCCACGUCCUGGCCGGGACUGGACUCAAGUGAGGAAAGUGACACCCCACCCAACUGGGACACGCCCAGUCUGGUACCUGAAGACCUGAGUGAGCUGUCCAUUCAGACAGAAAACUUUGCCCAGAAACAGAAAUCACCCUCAACAAAUGGCUUCAGUUUUUCGCCGGACGGAUUAACAAGUAGCAGCCGUUCCAGUAGCUACAGCAGCAUUGUCAGUAAUAACAGCUCGGAGGGUAAUGGACAAACCAAACCAAAGGCAAAUGAAAAACGUUUCCCCGCAGGUUUCGUGCCCUUCUGUGGUGAACCUGUUCUCCCAGCUGCUAUCGGUACCAAGGCCAAAUCAGCCCCUGUUGGAGCAGGGAAAUCCCGUAAUGUGUGGAAAAACAGCCCGCCAUCAACACCAGACAUUGUCAACAACAGUUUUGGUCUACAGACAAUCCAGGAGACCCGAUUGACCUCUGGUAUGCCAGAAUCGGGAUCUGACCCAUUCGCCCAACAAGACACUCCAUUUGGAAAUACAGUGUUCCCAGACACACCACUGUACAACUACAGUCCCACUGGCACCACAAGCGGGGGCAUCAGCCCCACGACCCCCACCACGCCAACAUCCAUUGCCGCCAGCAAUGCUGCACCAGGAUUCGACCAGCCGCAGACCAUGAUGCAGAAACUGAUGGCCGACCGACGUCGUCGCGUCAAGGAGCACCAGAUCAGAUUCAUGAAGGGACAAGAAUGGCCUGGAUUUGACUACCCCGCCGUGAGGAGCGAGAGCCUGUGGGACUCGGAAUACCAUUCCAUGGAGAACAGGAAUCAAUGGUCGACCACUACCGACUCCCCACCAACCUCUUCUAGUGGAGGACUCUGGAGCACGCUUACCAACAGUGCUAACUCUGGUUGGAACUCUCUCAUGUCCUUCACCUCCGGCUGGGGUGGCAACACACCAGCCUCCACCUCCACCGAUACCAUGACUACAGAGAGCUUCAGUGGAAACGAUGGCAAUCAUUCUCCAACCCAAAACGGUUCACCGGAAAAUGUGGGAACAUUCAACCCAUUCAACUCGAUGGCCAACAUUUGGGGACCAAAUGCUCCCAACACCAGCAGUGGAUGGAACUAUCCCCCACCGCCGACAGGAGAUAACAUGAACUUCCCCCCUCCAACCCUGGAGGGACGGGGCAUGCCUCUACCCGCCGGCGAGGCCAGGAGUUUCUCUGCACCAGCAGGUGACACCAAAGAUCGACAGAUUCAGUAGACAGUUUGAGAGCACGAGCAGCCUUCUAGUUACCUCCCCUUAAUCCCUUUUCAGUAUUGCUUUUACACGCAGAUGUAGGACAUAUUUUUGAAUUUUUAAUUGAUUUUCAGGUUUUUGUUUUCUUUUAUUAAUUUUCUCUAGUUGUACACAAUAGAUUAAUCGUGAUACUUAAGUUUGUGGUCUGUGUGAAAUUUUGAUCAUGUAAUUGACGAUACAUUUAGAUUGAAUUGAUUAUGAUGUCAUAGAAUAUAUCACAAAGAUGUUGAUCAGUUCCGUUGUAUACGAGAGUAAAAUACAAUUGACAAGCAAAAUGGGUUAUACAUUUCCAGAAAUUGAUAUUUUACUGCUGAAUAACAUAGCUUUAUGAAUAUUCAUAAUUCCAUAUUUUCCUGAUGAAUCAACAUAGCUUGAUGAAUAUUCAUAAUUCAAUAUUUUCCUGAUGAAUAAACAUAACUUGAUGAAUAUUCAUAAUUUGAAAUUUUACUGAUGAAUAAACAUAGUGUGAUGAAUAUUCAUAAUUUGAUAUUUUACUGAUGAAUAAACAUACCUUUAUGAAUAUUCAUCACCAUAUUAUAUACUGUAGUGUAAUUUGCUGUGUUGGUAGGCUUGAACAUGGAAUGUUUGAUUUUUAAUGACGCAUUACUUUUACAAUGUUUUAUAAAGUUUCGAUCGUUUUAUAACUUUAGAUGUGAGCAAUCUGUGUUUGUCAUUUGUUUUGUGUCUCCUUGUUCAAUUAGUGAUGAGGAAAUAUCUACGAGGAUUUGUUGAUCAUGUAUAUAAAAUCUGGCCAUACCCCAUAUAAUGCCAGCGCUAAUCUUUUUAAAACGUUUCCCCUUGUCUUUAAGCCUCUGUGAUAGUAUUCCAAGGUUGCUCGUGUUCUAUGACUUUGUCAUGACUGUCAACGUCGCAGCGUCGUCACGGAAACUGUGGCCACAUUUUUGUUGGUGUUGUAACUGUAUUUUUAAUAGAUGAUUGUGCAAACAAGUCGGCUGGAAUUCUUAUUGUAGAAUUAACCUCGAGUGUAAAAUACAAUUUCAUUAAGAUUAAAAAUUCACAUCUGCAUUGUCUAACGAAUUCCCAAGGUUAUCAUGUAGCAGGAGAAACAGAACUAUCUUGUUAAAAAGAGUUUCAUACUCAUAAGUGUAUAUUUUGAUAAAUCUAGAGGUAAAAUCAAAAUGUAUCGGUGAUGAAACAGAUUUUCUCUUGGUUGACUUCUACAUCAAGAAUUCCUAUGGCCUAGAACAUUAUAUAAUAUGUUACCUCAAGGAAAAUGGACUUUACAAUACCACCAACUGACCUGGAGUUACAGGAUCACAAGUCUGAAGUCAUCCUGUCGAAGGAUGGCCGACACUUUGGAUGGUCAGUGACGGUCAGUAGUGAUGGUAUACCCAGACUGGACAAUUAUAACUGGACUUGACUUUUAAUCCUGAUGACACACUUCCAUCGUGUCAGUGGAGGGCUAGUACUCAGGGCAUUUGUUUUGCUCAUUUAUUCCGAAACUUCUUCUCUCGGAAACAGGAAAGUGUUUAUGAAUACAGGCUGUAUUUACAGGCUGUAUCUUCAUUGGAUCUUCUAAACCGAAGAAACAGUAAUUAGCAGAUGAUGUUUCUUCUCUCACUAAGGUCCAUCGAAAUGAUCCAGGUGUAGAAUCUGUUGGAAGAUGCUGUCUUGUAUGUAAAUUGGAGGUCAGACUUACACCAUUUUGAUAGAUAUAUAUCUAUUUUGAUAUGGCAUGGACAAUAUUCCUGUACUGAAAUAUUUUGCAUUUGGAUGUAAAACUACAAGUUAGCAUGGUGAAGUCGGACCAACCAACACAUGAAUAAUUUUAUUAAGAAGAGAUAUAAUUCUUUGUCGAUGAACAGUCCUCCACUAAUUAGCAUAUUUAAUUAAGGCCAGGUAAAUCCUCCACACCUGUGGUCUGUGAGAUUUACUACAACAAAAUGUGACUUACCCUUACGUAGACCCGACACUACCCAAGCAAUACAUCCUUCGAAGGUUCUCGUGAUGAUUUAGCCUCUUCUAUAAGAAAUCCAUUGUUAUUGUUAUGUUUGAUAAUUUCUCGUUGUCCUCUGUAAGCACAGGGCCAAAUCGUCACAACAACCUCUGAAGUGUAUUUCUAGGACAUUUCCCGUUGUGCGGUGUCACCCUCCCGGCUGUCUUACAAUCCUCUGUUGUUCAUCAUUGACAAUUUGAUUUGUACGCUAGCUCGAGUUUUCUCUGGUCCUGGUGUAGCCAGGACCAGAGAAAACUCGGGCUUUCAGUACACUAUCUGUCAAUCUUUUGUCUCGUUACCCAGAGUGAAGUUUGUGGGUUUGUUACUAGCAAUAUAUAUCGUAAUAUUUAAUAGCGCUUAUAUUUUAUAUUUUACAUUGGAGAAUUUACACAUAUAGAUGAAAAUCUGCUAAGUAUAACUCCGCUUCAGUACAGUUUCACCACUGUUUUUGUUUAUUUAUUGAUAUUUUGCUGCUAUUACAGAGGUAAUAGUUCAAAUUAUUUUAUGAAUAUUAUAGAUUAUUAGCUUUUUGAUUUGACCAAUUAACAGGUGUGUUGUAACGAGAAUGUAGUUCAGGACUUGCCCUGUAGUGACUAUUCAGCACAAGGCAUUUUCAUGUAACAUUACAAACGAAGUGAAAAUAAGAAUUUUUCAAUUCUUGAAAGACGGAGGAUUGUAAGAUAGGGUUAUGAUGGUGAAUAUGCCAUGAUUAUAACACAAUUUUGACAACACUAGUAUGUGAUUUCAUCUUUGGAAUUUUAUAAUCCGAAGAAUGUAGGUCCAUAAUCUAGGAACUUUUCCCACCCAACUAUAUAUACAUAUAUAUAUAUAUAUAUAUAUAGGUAAUUUUUGCUGUUUUUUUCUGGUUUUCCCCCCUCUAAAAUGAUAUUGAGUAACAUAUUUUUUCACAAUAUCAAAAUGAUAUAGUUUAAGUACAAAUGCCCGAUCAUCCCAUUUUAUCCAUUUUAUCCUCUUCAUCCAUUCCGCAGUUAUCCCAUUCUUUUUUAUCUAUGCUGUUUCUAUCUCGAUAACUCUCCAUCGCUUGUUUCUAUUCCCACCUUUCCCUGGAGUUAUCUUUCCCUUUCUGUUGCCUUCGGAUUUUCUCGUGGGUCGUGUGACUAACCUUUUUUUUCCUGUUUUUCUGUGCUUUGAAUUUUUCUAAUCUACCUGGUCGGAAUAUUUAACCAAAUUUUAAAAAUUAUUGAUUAUCGAGUCACAAUGUUAAACUGUACAUGUUUUAGUGAUCAGAUUUAAUACAAGUCCAAGGAUUGGAUCUGUAGCACCUCAAAAAUAUCGGAGGUUUUAAUAAAUUUGCAUUUUAUGCAAUAUAUAGUUUUAUAAGUCUCUUAGAUUUAUAUAGCAGGAACUAUUUUCUGUUUGUGUAAGUAAGACAUACAGUUAUUUUCCUUUAGUAUAAAUACUGGUUAGGAAGACCUUGCCCAUUAUAUUUUGAGUCACAUUUUGUUGUCCAGAUGCUUUUCGUUGUAUUUUGCCCGAAUUGAGACUUAAUGUUUAUGGAUUGAUGCCUCGCUAUGUCGCCGGCCAGUAUCCUGGUCGGACGGUGUCUGGAAGAACUCUGUACGGGGUUCGUACCGAAUACUUAAUAUUUCUGUGGAGAAUCUACGAUAUAUCAUACACAGUAACAUUCUAGCUUCCACAUUGUAAGCAAACAAACUUUUCAAACUUUAAAAAUAAAAAGACUUGAAUAAAAAAUGUUUUUACUGCA